AAGAGUGUAAGCAACUAUCGUACACCUGAAGCAAAACAACGCGUUUGCAAAAGAAGGCAAACAUCGCAAAUAAAAUAAUGGAACUCUCGCCCAUUAAUCAAAUUGAGGACAGGAAACCAUUAAUUGCCGACGGCUUGGUGCAAACAUCAAAUUCACCAUUUGAGCAACAGACAUCAGCAACUACAACAACAACGACAGCAGCGUCAACGGCGGCGGCGGCGACAGCAGCAGCAACAACAGCAACCACAACAGCGACGACGACCAUCUCACAGGAGACGCAAACAUCGAACGGCAUCGGAAUCGGCAUCGGCGGACCGCUGACAGUUGAUCAGCUGGAUAUCGAAAUAUUGCCAAUCAUUUACGAUAUUGUGCGCUGCGUGGAAAAGGAUCCCUUGGAGAACGCUGCCAAGCUGCGUGAAUCGCAGGACUGCAAUCAUAAGAUCUUUGAGCUGCAAAAGCGCUUCGAAUCAGCGCGUGAGCAAAUCAAGCAGCUGCCGGGCAUCGACUACAACAAGGAGGAGCAACUGCAGCGCCUGGAACUGUUGCGCAGUCAGCUGAGGCUCAAACAGCAGCUCAUACGCAAAUACAAGGAUACCGAAUUUUAG